CCUACAUUUCUGUAGACACUCUUAUCCAGAGAUACUUACAGGAGCAGUUAGGGUUAAUUAAGUGCCUUGCUGAAGGGCAUAGAGACAGAUUGUUCACCUAGUCGACUCAGGGAUUCAAACCAGCGACUUUUCAGUUUCUGGGCCAACGCUCUUAACCGCUAGGCUACCUACUUCUGUUCCUGUCUGCUUUUUAAAGAGUAACACCAAUCAGGUGCUUUUAUGCAGGUUUAGGUUCAAGUUGAACAUCAUUGUAAUAGUUAAACAUUGAGAGCUAUUGCCUAGAUGGUGCUAUGUACUGCUCAACUUACUGAGAGGACCGUGACAAACCCACUGCCAACCAGUCUGUUCCAGAGGCCUGAGAGACACCAAGUCCUUCAGCCAGCCGUGACAGAACUUCCCACCACCAAUGGACCAAGCAGCAUGGUAAGGUGGACUUCUGGACAUGGGAGGACGUUCUGGACGGCAAGGGAGUCUACACAUGGGAGGAGAUCCUGGCGGGAAGGGAUCUCCUUCCAUGGGAACUGGUGGAGGCAGCUAGGAGAGCAGAAGCAGCCGGAGAGAGGAACCAGCGGUGCUCCCGUCUGUCCGGAGCUGCCAGAGCCGCCCGCCUGUCCGGAGCUGCCAGAGCCGCCCGCCUGUCCGGAGCUGCCAGAGCCGACCGCCUGUCCGGAGCUGCCAGAGCCGCAGCCCCUCAGUCCAGAGGCGCCCCUCAGUCCAGUGACGCCCUCUACGAGGGUCUUCAGUCCGGGGCCCGCUGCGAGGGUGGGCCAAUACUGAGGUGGAGCGGGGUCCACGUCCCGUACCCGAGCCGCCGCCGUAAGAAGGCCCACCCGGACCCUCCCCUUUAGAGUCAGGUUUUGCGGCCGGAGGAGGGUACUGUCACGCCCUGGCCAUAGAGAGGCUUUUUAUUCCCUAUUUUGGUUAGGCCAGGGUGUGACUAGGGUGGGCAUUCUAUGUCCUUUUUUCUAUGUUUAGUAUUUCUAUGUCUUGGCCUGGUAUGGUUCUCAAUCAGGGACAGCUGUCUAUCGUUGUCUCUGAUUGAGAACCACACUUAGGUACCCUAUUCCCCCACCUGUUUUGUGGGAAGUUAACUUUGUAGUUGUUCAGAGCACAUAGCCCAAAGCUUCACGGUUGUUUUUUUGUUCUUCGUUUUGUCGUCGUCAUUUUUUAAAUAAAGUUCAAAUGUAUGCUUA